UUUGGGCGUGUGCAUUUUGCUACUCCUUAACUGUGAUUUCACCCGAGGUGUUGAUGAAACAGGCAGUCAAAUGUUGGCUUCCUUGGCUGAAGAAUUCCAAACAUUUCGGCUGAGCCAGAGACCAAGAACAGCGACGUCACGUAACGUCUAUACUUUCAACGACCGCUUGGAGUCCUUCAACUUCUCCAGAUAUGACCAAUAUAAGUACCAUGUUGACGGACUGUACGAGCGCUUAGUAAACAUCUCGGAGGACGAGCUGACCCGUCAGGAUAAAGUCAGCUAUAAAAUACUCCGUUACACACUAGAAGCCUUUCGAGACGGGUACCAGUGGAGAUUCUACGUUAACUUGAAUCCCGUGAACUUCCUUGAAGGAGUCCAGAUGGAUGUGAACCGGAUGACGAGCUUCCCCAUGAACACGAGGGGUGAUGUGGAGAAUUACCUUCACAGACUGACUCUGCUACCACAACAGAUAUCUGAGAUAAAAGAGAGUUUCCAGCAAGCCGUACGGAAUGGAACAACGUACCACCACCUUUAG